AAUAUUCAGGAUGAUCUUACACUCGUGACGUCAUUUGUUCACGGGAUCUCGCUCGAUCAGGCCCUCGAUCAGUUCGGAGAUUGUUGGGAGUAUUUGGUCCUUUUAUUUUCUUUUUGCAGUUAACUUUACAAGCAUUACAAUGGCUUUAAGUGACGAAGAUGUUCAGAAACAGAUCCAACAUAUGAUGGCUUUCAUCGACCAGGAAGCCAAGGAAAAGGCAGAGGAAAUUGAUGCAAAGGCAGAGGAAGAGUUUCAAAUCGAGAAAGGUCGUCUUGUUCAGCAACAGAGAAUCAAGAUCUCAGAAUUUUACACCCGCAAGGAGAAAAAUCUUGAUCUUCAAAAGAAAAUUCUCCAGUCAAACAUGCUCAACCAAGCCAGGCUCAAAGUCCUGAAAUGCAGAGAAGACCAUGUGCAGGCAGCUCUGGAUGAAGCCCAGGAAAGGCUUACAGAACUCACCAAGAACAAGGCCAAGUAUAGGCAGGUUCUGCAAGGCUUGAUCACACAAGGUCUCUUUCAGCUCCUGGAACCCAACGUCGUCGUCCGAUGCAAAGAAUGUGAUGUCAGCGCUUGUAAGGAGUGUGUACCCGAUGCAGUAAAGGCUUACAGGGAAGCCAGUAAGAAAGAAUGCAAUGUCGUCAUUGAUCCAGAGAACUUCUUGUCCCCUGAACUGAGUGGUGGUAUAGAGCUAUAUACACCCAGCGGUACUAUCAAAGUUGAAAACACCCUUGAGAAGAGACUAGCACUUACUAGUAAUCAGAUGCUCCCCGAGAUAAGGAACAAACUCUUUGGUGCAAACAUCAACAGAAAAUUCUUAGAUUAAAUCUUCGAAUCAUCCUUCAAGUAUAUUGCUAUCAGUUCAGAAAUUAUAUUAUAUAUGGUAAUCUAUUCUUGUCUGUCUCUAAGUGUAGGUGGUAGGUUUAAUGUCAGAAACUUCUUAGCCCAGAUUCACAAAGGAGGUCAAACUCCAUCCUGGUUUAAAUUCCAACUAGGGUCUUAAACAUGUCUGCCCUAAAUACGUUCCAGGUAUAUUUCUAGUGCACCCAUGGGUAAUAAACGUGUAUCAUGUUUGUUUGGUUACACGACAUGCUCCUGCGACAUUUGCUCCUGUCUUAAUAUCUCAGAGGGCAUAGGGUUAGAGUUAGGAUUGUAAUAGAGUUUUUGGUUAGAAUAGUGAAAAGAUAAGGAUUAGGGAUUAUUUAGUUUUUGGAGGUUAGGUUUGAUAUGGUUGGCUUAACAUGUAUAUUUUUGAUCAGAGUAAUUUUCGCCGGAGCAAAUGUCAUGGAACCGUUCAUUUCAAUGCACUAGAAAUACCUUAGAAAGGGUUUGGAACCCCAUCUAUUGUCCAGACAUCUCUUGUGAAUCUGGGCCGUAAUGUUAAUGUUGGUCAUACUGUGUUGAGAAGUAGUACCAAGUACUUUAAAAUGUACAGUUUCUCUCAUAUGAGUUGGUUUUGGAUACGAGUCAGUUUGCAAAGCGAACAGUUCAAGGCCACGUAAUGCAGAGCAUAGCGAUUGAUCAUACAUUUCAUUUGCACAGCUGGGCCCCAUCUUACAAAGAGUUACGAUUGAUCCGAUCAAUCUCAACUGUAUGGAAAUCCAUCGGUGUCAUAUUUUUUUUUAUACAGGAAAUUUGCAAAUAUGUCCUUUGUACACAAAGGCGAACACACCAAAAAUUGUCAAGAAAACAAUGUUUAAGUAUGCAUCAUUUAUAGAAAAAAAUUUGAACAAAAAUGCAUUUUAGAUGUGGGCAUUGCUGGCUUAUCAUGGUUGGGGUUGAUCAGAUCAAUCGCAACUCCUUGUUGUAAGACGGGGCCAUAACUGAUUGCAUUGAUGAUUAUGUGCAGUCAGUCACAAAAAUCGGCCAUACAUGUAUGGUCAACCACAGAGCUUCAAGACGUAGUCUAGAAGACUAUCAACUCUUAUAUUUAGAACUGCUUAUUGUCCCUUUGCCCAAUGUUGGUUUUAUAAAGCUGGAUUUCUUGUUCUGGAUUGAGUGUUUUCAUUGUAAGAACCCAAGUUUUAAGCUUCACACUUAAUGUGAUGAAGGUUCUGCUUUCUUAAGUAGAUCCCAUUGAUGGAGAAAAUGGAAGAAUCCAUUGGUAGAAUCGUAGCCAAUUCAUGGCUUGCCAUAGGUAUAUUCCAGUCUUCAUCUCUGAAAGCUCCUCCCCCCAUAAUGGGCAAAAUGUUCAUGCUGUGUGUAUCACAUUGUGUAUGUCCAAUGUAUCAGUAUUGGUAUCAAAGGUAUGGUAUUAAAUAGAAUUAUAUUAUGUAUAAAAAAAUUGCAAUAAUAGUACUCUUUGUUUUAAAUAGUGAAUUUUGUACAAAUGUGAACAUCGUACAUUAGAAUCUAAAUUAUCAGUUAUGUUAUUCAACUGCUUAAGAAGAGCUAAAUGCAUUGUGACUGUGAUAGUUGCCCUAUAAAAUGUAAGCAAUAAGUCUGAUUUCGGAGAGACUACAGACUGACUGUGGAGCAACCACCAUGUUUGACUUCAGAUAUUUUCUAAUUUUCAAGUAUAACUUUGUGGCUGUGUUUCGUAUGAAUAAUCCCCAUCCAAACGGUUACUCGUAAGAAAACUACAACUAAAGAGAAAGCCGAGUGCGUAUCGACGGUGGUUUCUCCACAGCAUCUGUUUGUAGUCUCGCCGUAUCUUACAUGUUACUUUAUAUUUAGUGUAACAGUAAAGACAAUAGCUGCAGCCUCCGCCUGCAUUAUACAUACUGUUAUAUGCUUUGACAGGAUAAUUUAUCACAGUAUUAUAAUAAUACAAAGCAUAAUAAAGAUUUGUAAAAAAAUUAACAAUUAAUUUGUUUUUACAAAUCUGUGUUAUGCUUUGUCUGAGUAGCUUCGGACUUUCUUAGGAUCUGCAUUUUGUUUAUGAAUGCAAGUCAGUGCUUCUUCAGUUAUGUUACUGUAGCAUAAAUAUGUACACUUUAUAGGUAAAGCUGUGAUCUACCCCUGGGUAUUGGUUGUGUGAGGUUCAACAUUGCAUAUUGUAUAGACAAUGGUACACGAUCGUGCCAAAAACUUGUUCUGUGGAUAUAAUUAUUUUUUCCUGUAAAGGUUAUUGAUAAAUUAUGGUGUUCAAAUUUGUACAAGUUACAUUCCUCAUUAAAUAUAUACAGUAUA